CACUAAAUACCUCCUGGUUUGUGGCAGGUGACUCUUACACCUUGCUUAAGCCGGAGAAGUCAAACUACAAAUGGGGGACGUUUUGGCACCUUGUCCCCGAAACCCUGCUUCCUCAGGGCUUCAGGGUACACGUGCCUUAGCUCUCUCAGGGCAUCCUUGCCUGUGGUAGAUAUAACUCAUUAAGUUUUGUGUUACUCUGAUUAGCUUCUGUGGCUGCCUUUUUGCCUUCUGUCACGUUUGUUUUAGUCGAUGCAGGCCAAAAAUAUCUCAGACCAGUGUAUUUGGGGGAAAAACUGGUUCUGGCACCUGCCUGUAACAUCUGCUGGAAUGGGAUGGCCUCCCACCCCAUGUGUACAGUUCAAACAGCACGAUGUUCCUGGUUGGACUUUCGGGUGGAAUCGCGUCGGGGAAGAGCACGGUCGUGGCCAUCCUCCGGGAACUGGGCUGUGCCGUGAUUGAUGCUGAUGUUAUUGCCAGGGAAGUGGUGCAGCCCCACUUGAAGGCCUAUCAGCAGAUAGUGCAUUACUUUGGCACCGAGAUCCUCUUGGAGAGCGGAGAGAUAAAUCGCGAGGCUCUAGGAAACAUUAUCUUCUCCCACCCGGAGAAACGGCAGCUGCUGAACUCCGUCACCCACCCUGAGAUCCAGAAGGAGAUGCUGAAGCAGGUCUUGAAAUACUUUGUGCUAGGCUACCGCUACGUGGUCCUCGAUAUCCCUCUGCUCUUUGAGACCAACAGAUUGACCAAGUUUAUGAAACACACGGUCCUGGUUUAUUGCGACCCGCGGACGCAGCUGUCGCGGCUGAUGAAGAGGAAUGGGCUGUCCCGGGCCGAGGCCGAAGCACGCGUCGCCUCCCAGCUGCCGCUGGACAAGAAGCUCAAGUUAGCGAGUCACGUCAUCGACAACUCCGGCGACCGCGAGAGCACGCGCCGGCAGGUCCUGCGGCUGCACGCCCAGCUGGAGGGUUCCCUGGACUUCCUCUGGGCACGGCUGGCGGUGGGCACGGCCGUGGCCGGGCUCGGAGGGCUCGUCUACUUCCUCCUCCGGCAUUUUGUCUCUUAAUUCACCUUUUUCUUAGAGCGUUUCUUCUUUUGUCUUCUAAGGGCCUGGAUUUCCAGGUUUGAAAAGGGCAGUGAAAGGCCGCCUGUUUUAAUGAGCUUUGCCGGCUGAAUGCAGACAGUAAGAUGAGGCAUCUCCUUGCAGACUUCCCAAGGUGAAUGUGAGGGUUUUUUUGCAGCACCGUCUCCCAACUGCUUGCUUUAACUUCGUGCGCAGGUCCUUACGGAUCAGCCGUGUCCGUGGGGCGGGAUUGCUCCGGGUGCCCGGCUGCUGCCCGCGAGGGGAGCGAGGCCCUUGUUGUCCCUGGGCUGAGCUGCACGGCCGGACUUCAGCCCGGGGUGAGUUUAGGCACUUGGAAGUCUUCCAGGAGAAUCUCUUUAGUGGGGGAAUACGUGGACUCUCGAGUCCUUUUGCUGCUACCGGCUGUCCCCAGGUUGUCCCCUCCUAGCCGUCGGCCCUGGCUAAUCUGAGUUUAGAUGCAAGAUAUCCUCUUCGUCAACGGGGAUUUAAUGGAAAGGCCUUAAAUCUGUCCACGGGGGACAGAUGAUACAUCAUCUCACGAGGACUAGGUGUUCAGCUGACAACUCGCGGUCCCUCCAGCCCUGUAUUUCUGCCGCUGCUGCCUAAGUAAUCGUAGGAUCGUUACUCCCGGGCCAUCCCCUGCCAAAGGCGGGCGAUGCCGUGGGUCGCUGAGGGUGCGGCGCAUCCUUGGCGGGGGCUGAGCCCUGGGACCUGCCUCGGAGAAACGCGUUUGCUGCUGUUUGAGGUUUUUUUUUCCUUCAGCGGUUCCCUGGGGGAGAGCGCGAGUCUGGACGAAGCGGGUGCUGGCUCUUCACGGUCUUUUUUAAUAAAGUGCUAAACAGCA